GCGUCGUUAUCAUGUGAAACUAUGCUAUUCCAGAUUACAAGAUUGUGAAAGUUGAUCUCUUCCGCCUAUGACCUGAGGAUCUUGGUCACCUUGGUUUCUGAACUCUGUAUACAAAAUUUGGUGAAGCCGAGUGCUCAAGCCUUGUUCACCUGGAUCAACUGUCUUGCUGACUUCUAUAAAACCCACCGCCCUCCGCCUCUAAUUCCUCCCCCGAUAGACUCCGGAUCUUGACCACACUCUCUGCUACCACCAGCCUAAUGCUUGACAACUCCAUGACCGUCAGCACCCCCGACGCCGACCUCUCUAAGUCACCUUCCGAUUCCUAUAUACACGAACCUUGCAUGCAUCAAAUAUGUCUUUUUCAACCAAGGUUAAAGCUCAGUGUAAGCUAUACCCACCAGAUGUUGCGAAGCUCUUGCUGAUAUCUGUCCAGUCGCUGCUCAACCCUCCGAGUCCGGCCAGGAGGCAUCCAACACCAAGGGUAACUCCAAGUCCGCCGACACCACCGCCAAAUCCAGAGGAAGUAACGCCAACGCCAACGCCAACGCCAGCGCCAGCGGCUACAACUCCCAGCAAGUCCACCCAGGCCACCACUGGUGCUGGCGACGACGGUGACGACUCUGAUAGCGAGGAGAAAGGCUUCAUCUGCCCGCACUGCGGCAAAGUCUACGCGCAGGAACACAACAUGAAGCGCCAUAUGCGGGACAACCACGGCACUGGCGAAAAGCCGCAUACCUGUCCUGCCUGCUCACACCGCUCGCAGCGCAAAGACAACCUUAAAAAGCACAUGAAGGCAGCUCAUGGCAGCGAGUGGGGCCAGCGUCUGUACGACGCGGUGAAUGACGUGCUCGCCGAGGAGGAGGGUCAGGGCUCCGGUACGGGGGACGACGAGGGCGAGGAUGGUGACGAUGAAUAGGAUGACUAGAAGUAUCCGCUGGAUACAAUCAUGCCUGUGGGAACUAUGGAGGAAGUUUUGGCAUUCAUGACAAUUAAUGGAGUCUUGACCAAGGUUCGCCUGGUUGGGUCUGAGCAAGCUACGGGAUAGACAUUAACAGUCUAUGAUACAACAGAAAUGAUAGAG